AGCCAUGGCGCACAAAGCCAAAGAUAGAGUAACAAAUCAGGAAUUUCCCUCCUGCCACUCCUGAGAGCGCAAGACAGGACCAAAGUUUCAGGAUUAAGCUCUUCUCUUCAGGAAGGAAGAAGACUAUCGUUGAUCAUCUGCACGAGUUUUUCCGUCAAGAUCAUCAAAAGAGAAAUUUGCACCUUUCCAGACGUAUGGAGGAAACUACGAAUGUUUUGUUUGCGUUAUGGCUUCUUACAGAACUCUUAAUGGAUUAAACAAGGCGAUUGCAUCAGCAUCAAGAAAACUGAUUAAUUUGGAAGUUUGGGCUUUAUAACUCUUUUUAACUGUGGUUGGGAGUCCUGUCGCUGGUCCGUUUUCCCCCUUUUCCCCCUCUGAGUUUCUCUCUGGCUUUACUUUAAGUGGUGACAAGACUUGCAAAAAAAAAAAAAAAAACAUCCCAAAGAACAAGGAUUUAAUAGCUUAUUCCCAGUUAAAGUAGCAUCCAUCUGGAUUAUGCACGAAAGGAACUGGAGUGUAAAAAGUACAGCGAACUCCCACCAGCGUUAACUUUUGGGGAAGGGAAAUGCGGAGUAAAAACGGCGUCUAGAAGGAUGCUGCUGCUUGUAUAAUGGAAGUAAAGAACUCUUUUGCUUUUGCUGCGGUGGUUUGCCUUUUCUUUUGCUCCGUUUUUAGCCAAGAACUAAACCCAAAAGGCAGGAAUGUGUGCAGAGCACCUGGGUCAUCGGGAUUGGUGUGCUGCAGUGGAUGGGGGCAGCUAGGGGAUGAAUGCCUGACACCUCUCUGCCAAGGCAACUUCACCUGCAAGGAAAAUGAGGUGUGUGUCAGGCCAAAUGAAUGUCGCUGUCGUCAUGGAUACUUUGGAGCCAGCUGUGAUACGAAGUGCCCUACCCAGUUCUGGGGUCCUGACUGCAAGGGGAAAUGUAAUUGUUACCCCAAUGGCCAGUGCGAUGACUUGACAGGCGAGUGUACCUGCAACCAUAACCGUUGGGGUCCUAACUGCAAGAAUGCAUGUCUAUGCCAAAACGGCAAAUGUGACCAAAACACAGGAAAAUGCACGUGUCACCAUGGCUACUGGGGUCAUCAGUGCAACAACGCCUGUUACUGCAGCAUCAACUCCAUCUGCGAUACGGUGACAGGGCGAUGUCUGUGCAACCCUGGCUGGACUGGGAGGAACUGUGCUAUCCAGUGUAACUGUAACAACUCACCAUGCGACCAGUUUACGGGACGCUGCCAGUGUCGGGAGAGGCUGUGGGGUCCACGGUGUGAGCGACAGUGCCAGUGCAUCCACGGCAAGUGCAACCAGGCCGAUGGCUCGUGUACCUGCACACCAGGAUACCGUGGGAAAUUGUGCAGGGAACCAUGUCCUGCUGGAUUCUAUGGUCAAAACUGCAGAAACAGGUGUGGACACUGUAAAGGCCAGCAGCCCUGUAAGGUGACAGAGGGGCGCUGCAUCACCUGCGACAGAGGUUGGAAUGGAACACGGUGUGAUCAGCUCUGCUCCAAAGGCUUCUUUGGGGAAAACUGCCAAGAAGUGUGCCCCACCUGUAAAGAUGGCCACCACUGUGACCCCAUUCAUGGCAAGUGCUCUCACUGUAACCCCGGCUGGAUUGGGGACAGGUGUGAGGUACGCUGCCCCAACGGCACCUACGGCGAGAACUGCGAGAACAACUGCAGUCACUGUUUUAAUGGCAUCUGUCAUGUUGUCACUGGAGAGUGCCUGUGUGAUCCAGGCUUUUAUGGCACCUUCUGCAAUAUGACCUGUCCACCUGGCCAAUAUGGAGUCAACUGCAACCAAACCUGCCCCUGCCAUGACAAAAACUGUGAUCCUGUGUCUGGGGCCUGCCAUCUCUACCCCAACCAGCGGAUGGGUGUGAUCGCAGCUGGUUCCCUGGUCUCCUUUUUAUUGAUUGUCCUCCUCUCUCUACUGUGCUGCUGCUGCCUCUGUCGGCACAAAGAAAACCAUAACAAAAAAGCCAAGCGGAUCUUGUGUGGACGAUUCAGCAGAAUCAGCACUAAGCUUCCCCGUAUUCCACUGAGGCGACAGAAACUGCCUAAAGUAGUCGUAGCCCACCACGACCCGGAGAACACCUUCAACUGCAGCUUCAUCGAGCCCCCUUCUGUGGCCGACCAGCCGUCCCCCUCCUCCUGGUCCUCUCAGGAGUCCUUUUCUUCUUUUGAGAGCGAGGACGAGGGCCCAGUUUACUAUGUUCCACAUGAAGAAUCUGUGAGUGAAAGCAAGGAGAAGCAGAGCCUCAGCCUUCCUGCAGAAAAGUUAGAGGAAGACCUUAAUGAUGAUGAUGCUGGGGAGUACACCUCCCUGAAAGACACAAGUGUCACCAAACCAGAUGGCAGCGAGCAGCCCUUCCUCAAGUCCUCUGAUAGCGAAGCUUCCAAUAGCAGCUCUGAAUCUACCACUGUACGACUUUAUGCUUGCAUCACCCGCCCAUCCAAGCACUCAAAGGAGGAUGAGGGCAGUGGCAAAGAUGGGGAUGGCACUCCUACACCGGAGGCCAAACGCAAUGGAAAGCCACCACCUUCACCUGGCAAGCCCAAACCUCGCCCACCUGAUCCAUCUACGAAGCCCAAACUGUCAUGGAUACACGGAAAUUCAACAGGGUCUCCACAGCCAGAGCAGCAGGGGGGAGUUAAGGCACUUGCAGCACCAAAAGAAAAAAAGAGAAGCUCCAGUGAUGGCUCAUCUAAGAGUGAUGAGUGGGAGAAAAUUAAGGAAAAAUGUCAAGACCAUCAAAAGAAACAAGACGGGAAGGAGACAGAUGCCAAGGGCUCCCCAAGCAAACUUAAACCUCUGCGACGUAAAAAGUCUGGGGAUGAGCACAGCAGUCCGAGUCAUAUGGAGCACAUCAGUGGUGUUGUUCAGAAUGCUCUUAAGAUGAUAAGUGGCUUCCAUAGCGCCUCACCUGAGAAGAAGAGUGCUGACAAUCCAAAGCAGACCACUAAGGAGCCACCCAAGAGCCCGAAGGUCAUGCAUCCUCAUAUGAACUCUGAGGCAGCCACCUUACUGGCUGCUCAGCUCAAGGAAAAAACCCAAAGCAUCAACAGGAAUGAGGGGACGGGGCUUUCAAAGACCAAUGGCCUCUCCCCACCCAAAGGAAACCGGGAGAAGCCAACACCUCCACAAAAAGCCAAGAGGACCGUUUUAGGUGGACUUAGCCAGCAGGGCUCCACCAAGCCGCUCCUCCCCACCACAAGCAGCCUCCAGAAGAUGGUGAUGCCGGUCACUAACAACUUUGGGACCCCUGAAGCCAAGAGCCCAGAGAAGCAGGACUUGAACGGCUCCAAGAGAGGGAACCUGUUGGAUGUUACACCAAAGAAGACUCCCAUAAAAAAGCCACCCAGGAAGAAAGGCAAGGAGGGUACCCUGGAUACACCUGAAAGUAAAACACCCCAGCAAAAGACAGCCAUUAUGCCGCCACAGGUAGUGAAGUAAGUGGUUUUUUUACAACAAAUUGCACAAAGACUGUGAUGGAUUUUACAGAAGACUGAAAUCUAUUUGUUAGAAGGUGAAGUUUUUCAAUUGAGGAUUAACGUGUGCUGUGAUUCCAGGACCAGUCAAGAGUUAUAAAUUCUUUCAAACCAGGGGUGCAAUUGUGUGACAUUUGUGAAGUGUAUUAUAAUAAGCUCUAUACAGGAUUGCAUUACACUUCAAGAAUCUUUUUUUGUGUGUGUGUUUGUGUGUAACCAGUAUGUAUCAGCCUCACAACACAACCUGUGACUAAGCCGGACACAGCUGUGUGAUCAGCAGCUCAAAGACAUUGUCCAAAGUUAAUUCAUCUCCAUUCUCCAUCAAUGUUCCACUAUAUUUAUAUAAAAAAUGCAUAUCUGUACUUUAUGAAACAGGUUCCAAAAACAGUUAUUUUCAUGGAUGCUUUCCACAGGUACUAAAAAUUAGUAUGAAUUUGGUGCUGUUGUGAUUGCAAGCUAUUUCUGUAUUUAUUUUCUAAUUAGUAUGGAUCAACAUGCAGGAAUACAUUUCUACACCAAAGCAAUUUAGCACAUCAUCUUCAGUCUUAGUGUCAAGACAAGUGCUGCAAAGCACUGAUGGCUAUGAAUUAAACUUGUACAGUUUAGUAAAAUAGCUUUAAAGAUCUUUGUUAUCAACAGCAGUGCCCUUAAACCACCAAAUAAUUAGAAAUAUUCUUCCAUAAUAAAGUAAAUUGAAUGCCUUUUAUACUUAUAAGAUUUCUUUCAAGCUUUACUCAAACUGUUAUUAAACCCUAAAAGCUAAUCUACAAAAACGUCUCAAGGCCUUGUAUAUUGGAUAUUCCACACUCUUUUUCCCUUUUUCAGUAAAUGGGGAUCUAUGAAUAUGCAAAUAAGUCACAUGAUCAUCUCCACCCACCAGAAGACCCUGUCUGCAAUAACCAGUUCUAAUACUGGGGUAAUUAAGUCAUGCAUUUGAACCAGGGUCACUUUUUUAAACAAAAAGCUAAUCUAUACAUGGCCGCAGCCACUCGAUGGGCUUUACUUUACUGUUACCUCCACCUAGCUUGUGCUAACUCAUCCUCAUAGCUUGUGCUAGCUUAUCUGUUCCUCACAGAUCAUGCAAAUUAGCUGUAAAGCACCACCCACCUAGUAAUCAGGAUUACUUCUUACAAUAUUUGAUUUACUAACAUGAUUGUGCCGUCUGACUUUGCAUUUCGAAGAAAAAUCUCCAUGCAACCAUAGCAUUUAUGGCCAAUGUUGCUCAUGAUAUCUCUUGUAACUCAAAAAAAAAAAAAAAAAAGUUAUGGACAUACUAACAAGUUUAAAAACUUGAUAUU